CAAAAUAUGCGAAAUUCAAAGCUUAAGGACGUCCGCAACCAAUGGAAAGACAGCCGGUUCUUCUUCGGCAAAAACAAAGUAAUGACUAUUGGUUUGGGAAAAACAAAAGAGACUGAAUAUAAAGACAAUUUGCAUAAACUAAGUAACCGUCUGUACGGUCAGUGCGGUCUACUCUUUACCAAUAAAUCUCGCAAAGAAGUGGUGAAAUGGUUUGAUCGAUACGUUGAGAUCGAUUACGCCCGGAGCGGGACAGUAGCCACAGAAACGGUUGUCUUAGACGCGGGUCCGCUGCCAGACUUCCCGCACUCAAUGGAGCCUCACUUAAGACAACUGGGAAUGCCUUCGUCUCUGCAGAAAGGAGUGGUCACUCUUCUCAGGGACUAUGAAGUGUGCAAAGAAGGCGUUGCUCUCACCUCAGAACAGGCCCGGCUUCUGAAACUGUUAGGCAAUCAAAUGUCAGAAUUUAAGAUCACUUUAGACGCCGUUUGGGAAUCGGACGGAUAUUUCGAAGAAUACGUGCCUUUCGUUCGGCCGGAAGUGUCCGAAAAGACUGACGAUUCAGUGAAACGCCGCAAAAGUAAACGAUCGAAGAAUAAGAAGAGUAAAGAAGUCGUCGAAACUAAAGAAGAAGAAGAGAUGAGUGAAGACAAUGACGACGAAGAGGCGGAACAGAUGACUGAUGACGACGACGACUGAUUUCAAACUCCAAUUAAUUGCCAGAACCUCACGAUUAAACUCUAAUUUUUAUUUAAUUUAAUAUUGUUUUGAAUCAUAGCUUGAAUUAAAUUUUAUAAACAUUAAAAUUAUUUUUAUGCCAAAAGUAAUAA